AUGCAAUCGAACUUGGAGAGUUUAAAAAGUACAUGUAGCUUGACGGAAUUGGUUCUGCAAGGGAAGGACAUUGAAUUGUUGCUUCUGAAAAACCAGGUCCAGGAGAAGCUGUCCUGUUUAUCCGAAAUGGAACUGAAAGACCUUCCGACCUCGGUGUGCAAGCAGAUUUUGUUCAGUCCAGGUAGCAUUGAACUCGGCACGCUCGAGGACCCAGACCGACCCAAGCAGAAAAUCUCCAACCAGCCCCGACGCUCCUUGUCAGCGGCCGACUAUUGGAGAGAGAAAACCCCACCCAAACCUAUCCCAACUUCAGCUGUCGGGAUACAAACAGAACAGGAGGAUAAUAGUCACAAGUUUACUAAUACUGGCGUGCAGACUAUAGCUGAAGAUGCCCCUUACUUGCAGGAUAAUAAUAUUGAAAUUACUAAUGCUGUCGACGAUAAAUCUAUUUCUACCGAUAAAGUGGAGACAGAGGAGAAGGCCGUGAACACUCGCUCUCGUAGCCUACAGAGCCUCACCUAUCAGCUGCAGCGAAACUCAAAAGAAGGGUCCCCGGAAAAUAAUAACGGCGACACAACGACACCCCAGACCCCUCCUGAGCCGACAUCGUCACCUGUCAUCAACCGUCGUCAUCACCGCCGCCGAAGAGAGCGACCCAGGGCUGUGGAGGUGGGAGUUAGACCGACGACAUAUUCCACAGCUUGCGUAAUUUCACCGGUAGGGGGCGGUCCGGUUCUUACCUACAGCAGCAGUAUUGAUGAAUCCUUUCAUAGUGCUGAUAGCGAUUAA